CCAGCCCGGGUGGGGAUUGGCCGCCGGCGGCGGGGGGUGGCGCGGGGCCGGGCUCACUGCCGCCUCCCGGCCUCGGAGCCGCCAGCCAGCCGCAGCCGCCGCCGCCGCCGCCGCCGGGGCCGAGCCCCUCGCGCUGCCCGGGAAGGAGGUCUCGGCGCGGAAGAUGGCCGGCGGCGUGGACGGCCCCAUCGGGAUCCCGUUUCCCGACCACAGCAGCGACAUCCUGAGUGGGCUGAAUGAGCAGCGGACGCAGGGCCUGCUGUGCGACGUGGUGAUCCUGGUGGAGGGCCGUGAGUUCCCCACACACCGCUCCGUGCUGGCGGCCUGCAGCCAGUACUUCAAGAAGCUAUUCACAUCGGGCGCCGUGGUGGACCAGCAGAACGUGUACGAGAUAGACUUUGUCAGCGCGGACGCGCUCACGGCCCUCAUGGACUUCGCCUACACCGCCACGCUCACUGUCAGCACAGCCAACGUGGGUGACAUCCUCAGUGCGGCACGCCUGCUGGAGAUCCCCGCCGUGAGCCAUGUGUGCGCAGACCUGCUGGACCGCCAGAUCCUGGCCGCCGAUGGGGGCAGCGACACCGGGCAGCUGGAUCUGGUGGAGCAGAUCGACCAGCGCAACCUCCUGCGCGCCAAGGAAUACCUGGAGUUCUUCCAGAGCAACCCCAUGAACAGCCUGCCCCCCGCUGCCGCCGGCACCUUCCCGUGGUCCGCCUUCAGCGCCCCUGACGAUGACCUGGACGCCACCAAGGAGGCCGUGGCGGCUGCUGUGGCUGCUGUGGCUGCUGGUGAUUGCAACGGCCUGGACUUCUAUGGGCCAGGGCCCCCAGCCGAGCGGCCCCCGCCGGGGGACGGGGACGAGGGGGACAGCAACCCAGGCCUGUGGCCGGAGCGGGACGAGGAUGCCCCCGCUGCUGGAGGCCUCUUUCCACCCCCAGUGGCCCCACCAGCUGCCACGCAGAAUGGCCACUAUGGCCGGGCUGGGGAGGAGGAGGUGACCUCACUGUCAGAGGCGGCUCCUGAGCCGGGAGACUCGCCGGGCUUCCUGUCGGGCACUGCCGAGGGCGAGGAUGGGGAUGCGGCGGACGUGGACGGGCUGGCAGCCAGCACCCUGCUGCAGCAGAUGAUGUCUUCCGUGGGCCGGGCAGGGGCUCUGGCAGCUGGGGACAGUGACGAGGAGUCACGGGCCGAUGACAAGGGCGUCAUGGACUACUACCUGAAGUACUUCAGUGGGGCCCACGAAGGUGACGUGUACCCGGCGUGGUCACAGAAGGGGGAGAAGAAGAUCCGCGCCAAGGCCUUCCAGAAGUGCCCCAUCUGUGAGAAGGUGAUCCAGGGUGCCGGCAAGCUCCCGCGGCACAUCCGCACACACACGGGCGAGAAGCCCUAUGAGUGCAACAUCUGCAAGGUCCGCUUCACCAGGCAGGACAAGCUGAAGGUGCACAUGAGGAAGCACACGGGCGAGAAGCCGUACCUGUGCCAGCAGUGCGGGGCGGCCUUCGCCCACAACUACGACCUGAAGAACCAUAUGCGUGUGCACACGGGCCUGCGGCCCUACCAGUGCGAUAGCUGCUGCAAGACCUUCGUGCGCUCCGACCACCUGCACAGACACCUCAAGAAGGACGGCUGCAACGGGGUGCCCUCACGCCGGGGCCGCAAGCCCCGUGUCCGUGCCCCACCCGACGCCACUGCAGGGGCUGCUGCGCCCCCUGGGGCCCCCGAUGCCCCACGCAACGGCCAGGAGAAGCACUUUAAGGACGACGAUGAGGAGGACGAUGAGGCCACCAGCCCCGAUGGCUCGGGCCGCCUGAAUGUAGCGGGAGCUGGCGGAGACGAUAAUGCAGGGGGUCCUGGGGUGGCCGCCGCCCAGGGCCCCUUCACAGCCGGACUCGCCUGAAACCAAAAAGAACAGAAACCCGAGACAGAGAGGAACCACCCCCACCCCAGACACAAAGAAAAUCUAUCUACGUACAGAUAUCUAUCUAUCUUAUCUAUCUAUCUAUCUAUCUAUAUAUAUAUAUACAGAUAUAUAUAUAUGACGUCACAGAACUAGGAUACUGCUUCUCAGAUUUGUCGCCUUCAUGAAGCCCCCCUCCACAGGGCCCCCUUCCCGCUCCCAUGUCCCCUGCCCGUCCGCUGGGGGGUCCGGGCUUGGCAUGGGGUCUUGUGGGAUGCCCACUGUGGGCAGCAGGCCUGGUCUGAGCCUGGUUCCAGCCCUGGACCCCAGGCUGGAUUGGGGUGACUUGAGGGGCCGGGGACAGGGCCAGCUGUCAUGUCUCUCCCCUCUGGGUUUCUGUGAGUCUUCAGACAAGACCUUAAAUGAUCUCUGUCUGCUCUGAGCGGACGCUAAAUGGUCCCUGGCCCCCCACCCUCCUUCCUCAGGGCACUUACUAAGGGGGGGGUCUUCCCCUCAGUCCUCCCCACUGGCCUCCCGCCCCCCACCCCUGCCUGUGACCUCGCACCUCUGCACCCCUCGGCCGCCGAGACACAAACCUAUUUAUUCCCAGGCCUGGGGACGGGGGCAGGCUCAGGGUCUGCAGGGGUUCCGGGGUGGUCCAGGCUCCCGCCGCCUUCCUCCACGGCACUUAAACCUGGCGGGACCCUGGGACCACCACUCAGGGCUCCCCCAAACCUAGCCACCCUAGACCCCACAUUUGGAGAUUGCAAAUGUUUGUUUUGACCCUCUCCCCCCAAACCCCUCCCAACUUUUUAAAGCACUUUUUAGAUUAUUUUUUCCUCCUGAAAAACAAAAUUUAUAUAUAAAUAUAAUAUAUAUGUACACACAUCUAUAUGGGUAUCUAUAUAUCCACAUACAUGUGUAUAUAUAUAUACAUAUAUAUAUAUAAAAUAUACUUAGAGAAGUGGGUGGCAGGAUGGGGUGAAGACAGCCAAGAUUGGGGGGACCAGGGUCUCAGAGGCAGGGAUGGGAGCCAGCGAGUAAGCGAGCGAGCGAGCGGGUGAGUGAGUGAGCAAGCGAGCGAGCUAGAGGGUCCGAAGUUCAAUGUCACAAAAGCAAUAAAAACCAAGAUUUUACAAAAUGGAAAGGAAGAAUGAGAAAACAAACAACAGGCAAGCAACCACGUUAGAAGUCUUGGCACUUUGUAACAGAACGGGUACUUUAUCUUAAUUCUUAAUUUAAAAACAUGUUUACAAGUUGUAUCCAACUUCUAUGAAAAAUUGAAAAGACAAAAAAAAAAGCGAGAGAAAGAGAGAGAAAGCAAAAGAAAAUUCCUAAAAGUCAAUUUAUUUUUGUACAAAACAAUAAAAAAAAAAACCCCACCGCAAACAUAGAAUCCAGUUUUGUUCCCCAAGGCUGAUGGGGGUGGCGAGGUGGCCAGGUAGCCAUUGAGGGGCCUGAGGGCCAUCCCAGGGGUCUGCACCGAGGGCAGCCGUGGGGUUCCCCAGUCUGUGCCAGCCUUCCCUCCGCCCUGUCCUGCAUUUGGUCUUGGCUUGGUGGUGGCCACCCACGGGGCUCCCUCCCCUUGCCCCCCAGCUCAGGGAUGGGCCAGAGAGAAGGCUGGCUUUCCAACCAGCCGGACCACCCAGCCUUGCCCCCAAGUCCCCACCUUGCUGUCCCCCGCCCCACAACCUGCCCUCCAACAUGGCUGUCCUGCUUGGUCACCAAGGAGCUGCCAUCUUGGAUGUGCUCCCCUAUCCCUGUUCAGGGUCCCCACCUCCAGGGCCUUAUACCUUCCCAGCCCCUGUUUUUACUCAAAGGCACUGACUGUAACCGGCUGGCACCUGGCUCCCCAGCCUCUGGCUCCCACAAGGCCCGGUGUUGACCGAGCCGCAGGCCACGGAUAGGGGCCAGAGGUAGAGGACCGUGCCACUGGCCUCCAGGCCGCUCCCUCCUGGCUGCGGAUGCAGAGCCUCCUGCGGGACCCUUCCUGCUGGUGCCUGGCUGGGGGGGUUCCCUUGCAGCCCCCACUUUUGUCUUUUGUUUUAAAGGGAAACUUUUGAAGAAGGUGAUUUUUUUUUCUUUCAGUUUCUACUGGAUCUUGUCCUUUCCCCAGCCUUUCAGCACCCCCAAAUGUCUCAGGUUUCCCCCUGCGGGCCAGCAGAAGGGGCAGGCCCCAGGACCCCCAGUGUCACUGUCACCGGACUAGCUGUUUUGGAGAACAAGCUAUUGAGGCUGAGCUGGGAACUGGAGCACCCAGGCCAGGGGUCACCCCGUACUCCCCAAGAGGUCCCCCAGGGGAGCGAGAGCUCUUCCCCACUCCCCGCAAUAAAACCAACUCUCAAGUCACAUGUCCUACUAGUGGGGGCCUCUAGACUUGGGGGACUUGGCCUGCAGGGACCCUGGUAGGAAUGGGUCCACAGCCCGCCAGUGGCAGUUUUGAACACAGACCUCCUCCGGAAUUGCACUAGACCCUUUCCCCCAGCUCCGCGCUCAGCUUCUGCCAGCCCUGCCCCCAACUCUGCCUUAACCGCUAGCCCGUCCUGGGGGCCGCAGCGUCUGCAUGGGCCCAGAGCCGGGACCCCCACCCCCACCCCAAACCCAGCCCGGCCCUGCCCCAAUGCGCAAUCACAUACUGUAUAUAGAUGUGGAUCGAUUUAUUUUUAUUCUUUAAAUUAAGGUCGUGAUAAAGGUAUUGCCAAAGAUACUGCUGAAUUUACAUGUUUCAGGAAACAGAUAUGAGGAGGGGCUAUGUGUCUGGGAGGAUGCUGCAGAGAGGUUUUUGUUUGGUUGUUUGGGUUUUUUUUUUGUGUUUUCUUUUUUUGUGUUUUUUUUUUUUAACUGCCUGGUACAAACAAAAAAAAAGGAAAAAAAAAAAGAAAAA